AUAGUGGACGCAUGAAUAUUUGGUUUAUUAUUUAUUCUGCAUUCUGUCGGCAACUGCACAAUAUUUUACCUUGCCACAUAUGUAAGUUUAGACAACAAUCCUCGUCAACCACCCUCACUUGUUGCAUAGGCCUUUUAAGUACUACAAUCACUGCUAUUCAUUGUAUUACAAGUUCCCAUCUAUAGCUCAUAGAAUUGCAUAACAAGCUUAUUUACUUGUCGAAUGUUACAAGCUGAACUGCUGAGUAUUUGGCUAAGUGAAUUAGAUUAUUUGAUUACUUCAAUGGUGACCAGCGGUGAGACGACUGCAGAUACAAAUUUGCCAACAAAACAUAUAUGUAGUGAUAAAUACAUAACUCAUCGGAAAAUUAGAAAAUUAAAAAAAUAGUUACAGAGCGGUGCAGAGUUUGUGCACUCUUUAUAAAAAUCAGUGUUAAAAAGUACUAAAUACGCACACAUCUAUUUUAAAAUUCAUAAUGGAGCCAAACUUGAAACGUCAAAUUGAAGGAAAGUCCAGUGAAAGCAAGUUAAUAGCAACUUUUCAAAAUAAGUAUUUUGAACUUUUGAUGACUGAAGCGGCAAACACGCCGAUUGAGAACAACGAUUCUGGUAGUUUUCCCCUUCUGCAUUGGGUGAACCCAUACCUCAUCGAUGAGGGACAAGCGUUUUUCAAAAAAAAUUUGGACUCUGUGCUCUAUGCCCAUUUUGUUGGUCUAACUAUUGCUUUCUCCUACAAACCAAUCGCCUCCGUCCUACUCCGAUCCGGAGGAACUCAUGUUAAGUAUAAUGCCAGAAUGCGAUAUUUGUCCACAAUAUUGCAUCUCAAAAAGUGGUACGAGUCUGACUUGCUUCGUAAAUCCGCAAAAGGGGCACAAGAUGUGAACUAUGUACGAAAAUUGCACGCCAAAGUGCUCGACCUCCUCCUUUCCGACGACUCUUGCGUCGUUGAUGAAGAAGAUUUGAUUUUGACGGAUGAACAAGAGUGCUUGUUGAAGACACUGCUCAGUGAUGCUCAAUCUUCAAGUGCAGAAGAGCUUUCAGCCGAUUUUAAUUCGUACGACCCUGAAGUUUUGAUGAGCCAACUGGACAUGGUUCUAAUUCAGUAUGCUUUCAUGGGAUUCAUUGCAAUGGCUCCGGAAACAUUUGGGAUUCAUGACAGAAUGGGGUUGACUGGGUUUAUCCAUAUUUGGGCUGUGAUUGGUACCUUAUUAGGAAUAGACGAUCGUUUCAAUCUAGGACUCCAUCAAGAUCAACAAUCAUUGGACCUCAUUUCCCAAUAUCUAUUUGUGCCAUGCUUUAAAAGGUUGGACGAAGGUGUGUUCGUAUUGUGGCAAGGAAUGUUUGACGGUGUUGGAAAAUUUGCUCCAUUCCUGAAACUGAAGCCAGUACUUUACUUCAUUUACAAAGACAUUCUUAAAAUACCAUCUACACGACUACAUGCUUCAUUAAGUCGUUACGAACUGUUUUCUUAUCAUCGGCAAGCUUGGAACUUGAAUCAUGCUAAAAGAAACUAUAUGAUGAAACAAGUCUUUAAUAUUCUUACACGAAUAGAUAUUCAUUUUGCAGCCAAGAAAUUUAUGCGAAAUUCGCCAAAUAUAUAUUAAGUUGGACAAAUAAUGUUUGUGCGUACAUAUUUAAAAUUCACGUAGCACACUAGGCUGUACGCUACUGUUGUAGGUUAUGUAUUAUUGUCAGAAAAACUACUUAUAUCCAAGCAAAAUUUAAUUUUAAGAAACAUUCCUAUUUAUUAACAUACAUAAGGUAAGAUAAAAAAACUGUAAAUAUAGUUUUUGUUUUUGUACGUAUAUUCUAAAUAUAUUACUUAGCUUCAAUUAUUUUAACACUGUAAUAUCUUGAUAUGUGGGCGGAGAAUCUUCUAACGUUCUUGGGUCCAUUAUUAUUGGUGAUGGGAAUAUUUUGGAAUUUAUCACAGUGUCAUAAUGCGGUGGACAAUCUACAUAUGUAAUAUUCAUAACAGGAGAAUUACAGUAAAGUAAAAAAAUUCUUUGUAACGAUUUGAUUUUUAAAAAUGUACAUAUGUAUUUUUAUUUACCUGACUUUAAUGAACUGGUAGUUGUACUCGACAAUGAGCUGCAAAAACUUGCAUUAUUUGUGCUGUGACUGCGAAAUUCUGUGCUACGACCUCCUCGCGAAAAGAAGAAGAAUAUGAAAAAUGCCCAAACCAAAAUAAUUAUCGUAGCUGAAAAUAGGACGAUUAAGUAUGUUCUAUAAAAAAAAUAAAUAACAACUUCAACAUGUA